AUGGAUGCAGCACGCCAUGAUCCGAGCGUCAUCUCUAUACUUGAACAGGCAGUGACAGAAUGGAGCAGCAUCAUUGAGAAAGUCCUGAAGGAGGAAGGCGAAAGAGAUAAGGAAAAGGAGAACAUGAGCCUACCUCCCAUGGCUGAGAUCGACUUUUGGAGAGAUCGCUCCUCCAAGGUUUCCACGGUCUACGAGCAGCUGCAACUGCCUGGGGUCAAAAAGGUUCUCGAAGUUCUGGAAGCUUCGGAACCUCCUGUUUUACAGCAGUUUCAGGAUCAGUUUGGAGCCUUGCAAGGAAUGCAUGUUGUGGCCAAGGACAAUGUCAAAUUCUUGACGACUCUGGAGCGACAUUUCAAGAGCCUUGCUACAGGAUCCAUGCAAACCAUUGUCGAAACCCUUCCAUCCUUGAUGACUGCCAUUCGCCACGUUUGGAUCAUUUCUCGGUAUUUCAACACUGACAAGGAUAUGGAACGGCUGAUGGGUCGCAUCGCGGAGCAGAUUGCAGACAAAGUCCAGGAGCAAAUCAACAUCAACCAAAUCUUGUCCUUGGACCCUCCAAAGGCAAUGCAAAUCAUCGAAGAUGGUAAGAAUGCACUUGUGAAAUGGUCCGACAUCUACCUGAUGACUCGUGACAAGAUGGAAGAGAGCCCAGCAACAAACCAGCGCUGGGACUUUGAUCGGAUCCUGCUUUUCAAGAAGACCAACUACAUGUCCAAAAUUUGCACCGACCUCUACGAAAUCAUGCAAGUCUUGGACCAGUUUUACAAAUUCCUUGGCCCAGAGCUGAAAGAGGUCACCGGCGAUUCUCAAGGCAUCGAUCAGCUGCUGAAGGAAGUCGAAGCGUUGAAGACUGACUUCCGCAAUGUGAAGAACGUGUUCGAUGACUUCCACUACUCUAAUUGGGAAAGCUCAAUCGCAAAGUUCAAAGAGAGAGUGACUGUGAUCGAAGAGCGAGCCAUCAAGUUCUUGAACCGAUCCUUUCAAAACCUACGCUCUGCAGAGGGUGCCUUCAAAUUGCUUCAGAACUUCAAGAACAUUGAGUCUCGCGAGCGCAUCAACAAGAAGAUGAACGAGAAGUUUGUAGCGAUUUUGCUCCGAUAUCGUGUAGAAGUGGGCAAGCUGAAGGAGAUCUUUCAACGAGACCAGGAGAACCCGCCAAUCUCCAAGAGCAUGCCACCGACUGCAGGGGCAAUUCAUUGGGCACGCAGCAUUUUUCACAGAGCCAAGCGACCUAUUUUGUCUUUCAAGACCAUGCCGCACUUAUUGCAGCUUCCAGAAGGACAACAGGCUUGCAAGGAGUAUGUGGAGCUCGGAAAGGAAAUCCUCGAAUAUGAACAGGCCCUGUUUGAAGCUUGGCAAACGACUGCUGUCGAGCUUGCUGUCUCAAGCUUGAAGUACAAUGUGCUGAUCAAAGACGCUCGGACGGGAGCAUACAAGGUAAACUUUGCCAAGGAGUUGCAGCUUCUCAUCCGCGAAGCCAAAUAUUUGGACCAGCUCGGUGGCUUUGAGCUGCCACACACCGUUCUCAAUGUGGCGCUUCAGCAAGACCAAUACAAGGAGUUUGUGGAACAAUUGGAUCUACUCAUCGAUGCAUACAACGCUGCUGUGGGUGACUUGUCUCCUGUGCAACAGAAGCUGCUCAGAAAGCAAAUCCUGGAUCUGGACAAGUGCUUGAGUCCUGGUUUGUCGCCGUUAAACUGGAACUCCCUGGGAAUCACAGACUUCAUUGAGGCUGGAAAUCAGGGCAUCACCAAGUUCCGCGGAGCUUUCCGAGAUCAGGUCGAAAAGAGUGAGGAGCGCAUCGCAAAUGUCGUCAGCGCAAUCGAGAACGCGACAUUGGUGAGGCCCUUUGAUUGGAAUCGGAUUGAUGUCAUGGACCACAUGGAGUUUGGUGAGUUCUUCGAGAGGCAUCGAUUGGCCCAGCUGGAAGACUUGGUGAAAAAGUACGACUCCAUUGGGCCUUUCCUGGUGAAGAUUGAGGAGACAACCGCUGGAACAAAGACAGGAAUGGCACCAUCCAUGGCGGAGUACUAUCACUACUGGGAGCGUCGGAUCUUCAAUGCAAUUACCACGAUGCUGCUUCGAGGCAUGAGUACGUUCCAAACGCUCUUCAGUGCUGGUGAGCGAAAAAGGCCUCCUUUGCUGCGAGUGAAAGUUGAUUGCAGUGGCCCAGAGAUUGAUGAUCAAGCCUUGCAGUCUGUGUUCAGAUUGAUCAGCAAGCUUCUCAAGAACACGAUUCAGUCGGCCAAACUGUUUGUGCGAUGGAUGGAUGGGACCUGCCGAAUGGUUCCCCCACAGCCUGGCCAAGAGGACGAGCAGCAGCAAAUGUUCACAUUCUAUCGAGAUGUCAAGGACAAUCCAGCACUAUUCGAGAUGACGAUCAACAUUCAGAACAGCAUCCAGAAGAUUUUCUCCAUCAUUGACAAGUUCUUGCGCCACUGGAAGCGGUACGAAGAGCGGUGGAAACUCUGGGACCCAAAGUGGAAGCAAGACUUGGAGAAGGUCAAAGAGAAGCGGCCACCCUUUGUCUUCUUCGAUGCCCACAUUUGUGUCUACAAGAGCCUAGCCGACAGUUUGGCAGCAUAUCCACCAGAGAAGGACAUUGGAUUUGUGAGAAUUGACUGCACUUCCAUAGUCGCAGCCAUCCGAACCCAGGCGAUGGAAUGGGUUGCUGGCUACGGUGAUAUCCUCCGCCAGCUUGCCUACAAGGAUUUGACCAAGAUUCAAGCCGAAAUCACGGAGUUCCGGGAUGACUUGCAAGAGACGCCUGACUCUUUGGACAAGCUGAAGUUCAUUUUGAGCAUCAUUUCCAAGAUCCUGUCUGUCUCUAUGGACAUGGAAUUGCGCAUGCAGGACGUCAGAGAAAGGUACCGCACCCUCGAGUUGUACAACUGUCAGUAUGAGCUUCAGGAAUACGAAGAUGCAAAGGCUCUGAACGAAAUGUGGCGCCUUUUGAAGGACGAAGCUUUGACAAAAGACCGGCGCAUGGUCAGGGUGAAGGAGCACUUUUCGCAAGUGACGCAGGAGCAGGUCAAAGACUUCUCAAUGGAGUGCAAGGAGCUGCUUCAGGUGUUCAAGAGAGAAGGACCUGGUUCAGACGUCUCCCUAGAGGAGGGAGUAGAACUGAUGAAGAAGUAUGACAUCAAUGUGAAACAAUUCCAGCGGAAGCGUGAGGACCUGGUGAAAGCUCAAACGCUCUUCAACCUGCCCAUUCAGACCUAUCCCGAGCUGCUACAGCUUGAAAAGGAUUUGCGACUGCUGCAGCAGAUCUACAAAGUUUACAUAGACCACAGCUCCAUGGUCAACGAGUUCAGCAACGCACUUUGGACAAAGUUUGACAUCAAUGCUUUGACAAAGGGAGCUGAAGACUUUGAUAAGCAAGUCAGAAGAAUGCCAAAGGAGCAGAAGGAACUCGGCGAGCUUCCAACUUUUCAGAAGCUGGAGGAAGUUGUCACAUCCUUCAAGGCUGGAGUUCCACUGAUCCAGCAGCUGAAGAGUGACGCCAUCCGAAAAGGGCACUGGGAGGAGUUGAUGACACUGGCUGAAGUGGAAACAGAAGACUUCGACAUCAAGAAAAUGACGCUGAAUGCAGUUUUCGCAAUGCAACUGCACCGCUUUCCUGACGAAGUCAAUGAGUUGGUGGUGACAGCGCAGAACGAGCUGAAGAUCGAAAGCGAGCUUGCUAAGAUUGACAGUACUUGGCGCAACAUGCCUUUGGGGCUGAAGCCGUAUAAAGGAGAGCCUUCAAAUCCCAGAGGCUAUGUUCUCUUGCCAAAUGAAGAGAUGAAGCAGACUCUGGAUGACCACGUGCUCACACUACAGUCAAUGAGUUCAUCCAAGUAUGCAAUGAAGCUGCUGGAUACCAUCAAGCGCUGGGAGAAGAACCUCUCAGUGGUGGGCGAGGUUUUUGAUGCAUGGAUGGUACUUCAGAGGAAAUGGAUGUACUUGGAGAGCAUUUUCCUGGACUCUGAAGACAUCAGUAUGCAGCUGCCGGAGCAAGCAAAACAGUUCGGUAGAUGCCACAAGAACUACGUGAAGAUCAUGCAAAUGACACAGGCAUCGCCACAGGUUCUCUCCGCUUGCUGCCAGGAUGGACGCCUAGAGGAGUUCAAGGGAUUGACUUCUGAGUUUGAUCGGAUCCAGAAGUCGCUGACGGACUAUUUGGACACAAAGCGUUCUGCAUUCCCCCGGUUCUACUUGAUUUCAGAUGACGAGCUUCUCAGCAUCCUUGGUACAAGCGAUGCGCAGGCAGUUCAGCCGCAUAUGCUGAAGCUCUUUGACAAUUGCAAAACCUUGGAAUUCAGCCGUGGAAAGACAGUGGUGGGGAUGUACUCCGAUGAAGGGGAACACUUCCGCUUUCACCAAGCUCAGAAGGCAGAAGGAGCUGUUGAAGACUGGAUGCUCACAGUGGACGAGCAGAUGCAAGACACCCUGCAACGGAUCUCCAAAGCAGCUGUGUACUACUACGCAUCUCAAGAGCGCAUGGAAUGGAUUCAGAACUACAUCGGAAUGGUGGCCAUCCUGGGAACCCAAAUUUGGUGGACUUGGCAAGUCGAGGAUGCUUUCAGGAAGGUGGCAGAAGGUGACAAGAAUGCAAUGAAGAAUGAAUUGAAGAAGGAAAACCAGCAGGUUCAGGACUUGGUUGCCUUUGUACGCUCACCCAUCAACAAGCUGCAGAGGAAGAAGGUGAACACCUUGAUCAUUUUGGACGUGCAUGCGCGUGAUAUCGUGGACCGCUUUGUCCGCGACAGUAUCCUAAACAAGGAGGAGUUUGCAUGGGAAUCUCAGCUUCGAUUCUACUGGGACCGGAAGAUGGAUGAUGUGGCCAUCAGACAAUGCACGGGCCAGCUCAAGUACUGCUAUGAGUACCAGGGGCUGAACGGCCGCCUUGUCAUCACACCCUUGACUGAUCGCUGUGUCAUGACCUUGACAACCGCACUGACUUUCAACAUGGGUGGUGCUCCAGCUGGUCCUGCUGGAACCGGCAAGACUGAGACCGUGAAGGAUUUGGCUAAGUCAUUGGCGAUCUCUUGCGUUGUGACGAACUGUGGUGAUGGCCUGGAUUUCAGAGCCAUGGGCGUGAUCUUCAGCGGCCUCUCAGAGACAGGGUUUUGGGGCUGCUUCGAUGAGUUCAACCGCAUCAAUGUUGAGGUGCUGUCCGUGGUUGCCGCGCAAAUCAAGACCAUUCAGAAUGGCCUCAAUGCAGGAAAGAAGACAGUUGAGAUGCUUGGCAGAGAUGUCGCACUGAAGACGACGAUUGGUUACUUCAUCACAAUGAAUCCGGGUUACGCCGGAAGAUCAGAGCUGCCGGACAACUUGAAGGCCCUUUUCCGGCCUGUGACAAUGAUCGUGCCAGACCUGCUGAUGAUUUGUGAGAACAUGCUGAUGUCUGAAGGCUUCAACAUGGCGAAGGUCUUGGCAAAGAAGAUGACUGUGCUUUAUGCUCUUUCACAGGGUCAGCUCUCAAAGCAGUAUCACUAUGACUUCAAACUGCGAGCAUUGAAGUCUGUCCUGGUGAUGGCUGGUGAUUUGAAGAGAGCUGCUGGAGAUCUUCCAGAAGACAAGGUGCUGAUGCGAGCGCUUCGCGAUAUGAACAUGCCCAAGUUCGUCAAGCAGGACGUUCCACUUUUCCAAGGGCUUCUCAAUGACCUUUUCCCUGGCCUGAAAGUGCCGCGAGAGGGCAACCCGAAGCUGAAAGAAGCCAUCAUGAAAUACUUUGACGACAACCAAAUGCACUCCAAGUACGAGGACAUUUACCAGCUGCAGGUGGAUAAAGUGAUGCAGCUGUAUGAGACCAUGCUCACUAGGCACUCUACAAUGAUCGUGGGACCAACCGGUGGUGGCAAAUCUGUGGUAUUGAAUUGCCUGGCAGAGGCACAGAAGACGGCCUUGGACUUGCCAACGACAUUGCUUCCACUGAAUCCAAAAGCAAUCACUACUGAGGAACUCUAUGGUGUCCUCGAUCCGCAAACUCGUGACUGGACAGAUGGGCUGUUGUCAAAGAUCUUCCGCGAGAUGAACCAGCCGCAUCCCGCUGACAAACCUUGCAGGCGAUACAUUCUCUAUGAUGGCGAUGUCGAUGCGAUCUGGAUCGAGAAUAUGAAUUCCGUCAUGGAUGACAACAAACUGCUGACUCUGACAAAUGGAGAGCGUAUUCGACUCGAGAAGCACUGCGCAAUGCUUUUCGAAGUCUUCGACCUUCAAUAUGCAUCUCCAGCCACUGUGAGUCGCUGUGGUAUGUUGUAUGUCGAUGACAAGAAUCUUGGUCCCGGCCCUUACUAUGAUCGCUGGCAACGGCUGAAGCAAACCGAGAAACUGCGGGAAUCGCUGGAGGAUCUGUACGAGAAGUAUGUGCCACAAUUGAUUCUGUACAUCUUUGAAGGACGUCAGGGCGAUCAGAUCGGGGCACCUUUGAGUGGCUUCAUCCACCGCUCUUUGAUGGGUAUGGACUCUGUGGUGCAGUUCACACGGCUCUUUGAUUCCAUUUUUGAUGAAGGAACAACUCCUAUCGACUUGGUUGAGAACAUCUACAUUUUCUGCUUGACAUGGUCUUUGGGUGGCCAUUUGGAUGAGAAAGGUCGCACGGAGUUUGACGAGUUCAUCAAGAAGCUCGCACAAAAGGUCCUUCCAAAACAGUCUCUCUUUGAUUCCUACUUUGACCUUGAACAAGGCCGUUGGACAUCAUGGGAGGAUCUCAUGGAGCCCUUUGCUCCUCCUCCUGGCUUGGACUUCAACAAGAUUUUUGUGCCCACGAUUGACACCACACGAUACUCAUACCUGGUCAAGCAGUUUUUGAGCAUGAGCCAGCCGGUGCUCUUCAUCGGUGAGAGUGGCACAGCAAAAUCAGUAACAAUGCAGAAUACCUUGAAGAGCUUCCCAGCAGACUUGUCUGUCAUCCUCAAUAUCAACUACUCCUCCAGAACGAGCAGCCUUGAUUUCCAGAGAACCAUGGAGGACAACAUAUCAAAGCGCACAGGGCGAAUCUUUGGUCCAGAUCAGGGCAAGAAGUUGCGGAUUUUCAUUGAUGACCUCUCCAUGCCCAAGAUUGACCUCUACGGGACACAGCAGCCCUUAGCACUGCUGAAAUUCCUCAUGGAGAGUGGCUGGGCCAAAAAGAAUGGAAAGAAAGGAACGCUCCAAUUUUGGUGUACGGUGUUCAGGAAUGUUCAUGUAUGA